CUUCAUCCAUAUUUAUAUUUAAUUUUUUUACAAAGUUUGAAUUAACAUUGAUUAUUUAAAAAAAAACUAUAAUGAAACGAAAGUUUUAAUAAUUUUUCAACAAUAAAUAAUAUUACUAACGAUAACAUAUAAAUAAAACAUUUCGAUCAAUGCCAACUUAAAGAAAAAACACUUGUUAAUUUUCUAUCUCUGUGUUGGUACGAUUGCACGCAUCACACGAAAGCAUUACUUUUGAGAGUACUCGAUUGUGCGAAUCGUUGCUGUAGUUGAAAUACUCAACGUUAAGCAUUAUGCCGCAUAAUGCGCUAUAAUGCUGUUAUUGGAAAGCUACCUUUGUGCUCACCACGAAUUUUACCCAAGGAACUUAAAUGAUUACUGUUUGUUUUGGACUAUCAAUAAAUGCUAAAAUGAAUUGCAAAUUAUUAUAUACACGGACGAAGACUUUUUUGGUCCAUGUAUGAAGGUAUGAAAAUAUCUAUGGUUUGAAACGAAACCAAAAGUCAAGAAUCAAUGUCAAUUUAGCUCUCAAAAUAAACAUGGACUUACGGCAAUAGGUAGCUUUAACUUUAUGUAUAGUAAACUAGAAGGUAAUCACUAGUUAAAGUUGUAUGUAUUUAAUGAUUUAAUUUAUUACCUACAAGAAGAUCUAAAGACGUACCUAAAGUUAAUACAUAAAACAUGUAUUGCUGAUGUUAUUUAUAAAAUGCUAUUUCCAAAUACAAAAGGCCGAAACAGAACUCAUCAACCACGAAACCAGAAAGCUCAGUAAUAUUAAUAAAAUAUUAAUUACCCAGAGACGAUGUUCUGAUGCCAUGCCAUUGUCGGAGGAGUCUCCCGAGCCUCUUUGUCCCUUAGCAGCCAAAGACUCAGAAUGGGUUGAUAUACUGCAGACUCCAAACACAGGACCUGGAAAAUCUUCAUCAAACUUGUCUGAUGGGGAAGAAGAACUGCAGCUCGUAGAUGGUGAGGAUGGCCCUCAAACGAAGCCAUUGGCUAUAAUGUUCCCGGGCAUACUAGAAAAAGACCCCAGCACCUUGCAAGGAAUGUUAAAUAAGGCGAUGUCAACAACAGAAGUAACCAGGCAUUUGGUAGAUCUUGGCCAAAAGGCAAAUUUUACAUUUAUGAAACAAGCCGACCGGCUGAUACCAAGAGAUAAGCAAUGGUUGGAGAGCUUGACAGAGGAUAGUAAUUCAGUCACGUCUAUGGUAUCCUGCUUUAUCUGUAGCAGUAUUUCAAGUGAUUACGAAGCCGACAAUGAAAGUACUGCUGGUACGGGUGAUCUGUAUACUGAUGAAGACGAAGCUAAAAGGUUAAGAGUACUACGGCGACGAUCGGAAGCAGAACUUGGAAGCGAUUCAGAUCAGCUUGUCACAUUCAUGAAGCAGAUAAUCACAGAACUAAUAAUGAUUCAAGAGAACAAAGUUUCUACUCUUGAAUCAAUGAAAGGCUCUGAAGAAUAAAAUAAUGUUGAUGAAAAACCAUUAGGAGCUUCAAAAAUUUAUUAUAUA